UGCAGCCCCCAAACCUCCCUUACCCGGCCUGAGCCGCCCAGCGUCGUGGGAACUAUACCUCCCACUCGCCCAUGCUGGUCCGCAUCCUGGGAGCGGCCAGACAUCCGCCCCACCUCGGCAGGUCCCUUCGACCGUGGGACGGCGUGCAUGCGACCGUGCAAGCUCGGUGCCCCCACGGACACCGGGACAGGGAGCCCAGUGGAGGCGCCCUCCCAAGGCCCCACUGCCCAUGCUGACGACCCAGCCCUCCGGCUGCCGAUGUCAUGAGUAACACUACAGUGCCCAAUGCCCCCCAGGCCAACAGCGACUCCAUGGUAAUGUAUGUCCAGAAGAAAAAGCGAGUGGACCGGCUUCGCCAUCACCUGCUCCCCAUGUACAGCUACGACCCUGCAGAGGAGCUGCAUGAGGCUGAGCAGGAGCUGCUCUCGGAUGUGGGGGACCCCAAGGUGGUACACGGCUGGCAGAGUGGCUACCAGCACAAGCGGAUGCCCCUGCUGGACGUCAAGACCUGACCUCACCCCCACCCCCCUGCUCUCCAGAACCAUGGCACUUGGGAGUGCUCUGGGGGCCUGCGGUGUCCUUCCCCACUUGCACUCACCCAGCUCCCCCUACUGGGAACUGGGUCUCCUCUACUCUCAUCCAUCCAGGCUGCACCUCGCUCCCCCUGCCCAGGCCUUCAAUCCUUGGUGGGCUGAGCCUUCCACCCAUUUCCCCCCACCAGGCUAAUCCAAGUUUUUCCUGCCCGGUUGGAAGGGUGGUUGGGAGACUUUUUUCCUAGGCCCCACCUUUCUCUUGAGCCCUCCCCAACCUGGCUUUGGAUUUGUUUCCAUGGUGACAGGGCCUAAUGUAUAGUAUUCAGUAUAUAUAUUUUGUAAAUAAACUGUUUUGUGGCUAGG